AUGGACAUGGCUUCUCAAAAAUCACAGGGGAACUCCAGCCCCUCCGCGUCCUCCAUAUUUCUUCCACUUGGUCGACCAUCGCGACGGGGCUCCCUUGCAUCGAUGAGCUCGCAGGCGGAACGGGAACAUCGAAAUGAAGCUUUAAACCAGAUACACAAUGCCGCUUGCCAAUCAGACGAGCUCACAGUCUUCUAUGAACUUACCAGCCCGCCUACUACCUCCUCAGCAACGGACAACAAGGGCAUAGUGGGAGAUUUGCAAGGCGGCCUUAGCGGUCUUUAUAAUCGGUUUCGAGCUUCCGUGGGCGGUGUUAAAGAUAUGGUUGGCGGCUCUUCAAGACAAUCUGACAUAACACCAGCAGAGACACCAGCAGUUAGGAGCCCUACCUCGUCUUCGUUUCCCUCAAACAUAUCGGGACAAGCAACUACAGGAUCUGCCGAAGUGCAACCAUCUCUUGCGAACUCAUCCAAAUCCCAGUCUCCGGUUCUAGGCACCUUCCCUCCAAUACAAGAAGGGUCGACAACUCACUCUACAGGGAAGUCGUCACGAUUGUCCUCCAAGCCUGCCAGUGUAUCGUCAAAAGCAUCAGGACCGAUUGGUGGAUCGUUGAAAUCCCCGAUUGCCCCUCUAACCAUGGCCAGUUCAGGGGUGGCUGAUCCAACAGUGACUGAAAUAAACGUGAACGCCAUGAAGGAUAUUCCGUUUCACAGUAGAAGCGGCUCUGGGAGCAUCGCGUCCAGUAUAAUGCAGAAUGUCGAAUCUUCAAGUUCAGAGAGACGGGAUAGUUCGAUUCACACUACCGCUACCCAGUCGCAGUCGCAGCAGGAGUCAGCACCGAGUCGACAGUCAUAUUCACCUGUUUUAAUAGCACGGCACAACAACAAUGAAUCUUUUCGAGAAAGUCGCUUGCCAGAAAGCGUUAACAUUGAACGCGCAGCGUCUCCAAAGUUACGUUCUGCAACUGGGGAUCGACAUGGUCUAGCUGAACUCGAUACAUCUUUCUCAAGAUCUGCUUGGAGAGCAUCGAUCGAUGGAACGCACGAUAUGCAACCCUCUCGUAGGGACAGCCAACCUGGAAACUCUAAUAAGUCGAUCUCGAACGAUCACUCCCCAGCUCCAACUAACGUCACGAACAGCGUUUCAAAACUCUCGACCACAGAUAGUUCCACCCACGAAGGCAGAACACCUACGACACUAGCAACGUCGCUCACCAUGACCGACAAAGAACCAUCAUCCGCGCACUCAUCUAAGGCCUCAUUCAAGGAUCGCCAGGCGAAGGCCACCUCCAAAAUCAGUCAAUCGCGCCUACUUGGUUUUGGACCCUCAAGGAUGUCGUCCUCAGAGUCAAAUGGCCAUCAGUCCACAUCGACCCCUGUGCAUAUUUCGUUCCGCGCUGAUCAUGACGGCCUUGAUGCCCGAGCAAGAAAAUUCCCUCCUCCCCAAACUCGGCAGGAGGCACCGCCUUUCCGGAGCAAGCUUCUCAGCAAGGAAUUCUGGAUGCGUGAUGAAAAUGCUAAGGAUUGCUUCCAUUGUGGUGAACCUUUUUCCACAUUCAGAAGGAAACACCACUGCCGCACUUGCGGCCAGAUUUUCGAUGCGAAAUGUACCUCUCUAAUACCAGGCGCUGAUUUCGGAAAUUCCGGCUCGAUACGGGUUUGCAGACCUUGUGAGAGUAAAAUUAUCGCUUACCAGGAUGAUUCAUCAGAUCUAUCUGGAGAUGACAUGAGCCCUAUUGUUAUAAAUCCCCGGAGCCCCCAUGCUAUUUCCAAUGGGAAUAUAUCCCGCCUGAGCGUGGCCGACGACGAUGCUUCGUCUGUCGUGUCUCAAUCGGUUGAUCAUGUGCUAAAGACUCCCACCAUGGCCAUACCUGCAACUCGACGUACCGGUGACGGGAAUAAUCGACGUUCCGCCAUCCUUGAAUUUGAUUCCGAUCGCCAACUUGCGAGGCCGUCUUCGUCGCGAUCGCUGAAAUCGUCGAUGAAUGGAAGGCCACAUUCCAUUAGCCAUAAACGUCAUCAUUCUCGGCAUCAAUAUAUUCGCAGCUUCAAAUCCUACCACGAGGAUAGAGCCCCAUUCCAGCGUCGCGCUGCAGAUGAUAUGAGCCGCGAAUCCAGGCUUCCAGCCUUCCACCGGGAUAACAUUAUUGAUCCAGAUCUUGCCCAGUACCUGUCAGAUGAUGCUUCAAGUGGUGAUGAACAAUCGAACUUAUUCGCGGUUGUCUCAGAUGGCGGUCUCUCUAAAAGUGGUGGCGAAAGUGAGAAAGCGUCUUUCGGUGGCCUUCUUGCAGCCGUCAGAAAGAGUCGUUCUCGUUUGGGUGAGCGGUCCGGAAUAUCAGCAUUGUACCCGUCCCGCGAUGGCGACGAUACGAGCGUCAGUAGCUCGAGAGCAGUGAAUCUGCCGCGUUCUGGGCGCCGGCGGAUCGCCGGCCUCCGCCGGAUUCAAGAUGACCAGAAGCUCCUCAAUGAGAGGGCUGGCGCACCUGCAGUUGAACUCAAUCGAGCCAGUAUGGACCACGUUCGCAAACUCCUUCGGCAACUUCUGAAAGAUGAUCAUAUUCCUCAUUCCAAUUCUUGGGAAACUGCUCUAUUACCGAUCCUUCUCAAAGCCACGGAUGAUGUAGAGCCUAACGUUCAACAAGGUGAUGCGAUGGAUAUACGUCACUACGUGAAGCUGAAAAAGAUACCUGGGGGCCGACCUGGGGAUACAUCCUACGUGUCUGGCCUGGUUUUUACGAAAAACCUAGCUCUGAAAAGUAUGCCGCGCAGUAUUUCCAGACCAAAUAUCCUUAUCAUUACAUUUCCACUGGAAUAUGCACGCCAGCAGCAGCAUUUCAUGAGUCUAGAGCCUGUCAUUCGUCAAGAACGUGAAUUCCUCGAGAAUUUGGUCAAUAGAAUAUCGUCCCUCAAACCUAAUCUUCUUCUUGUCGAAAAGAAUGUUUCUGGGUUAGCGCUUCAGUUAUUGGAAAAAGCAAAUAUCGCCACUGCUUACAAUGUUAAGCCUUCGGUAAUUGAGGCAGUAUCUAGGUGUACCCAAACUAGGAUUAUUACAUCUAUGGAUAGGCUAGCCACCAAUCCAUCGUACCCCGGCAAAUGCGGUAGCUUCGAUGUCAAAACGUAUGUCCAUAAAAACCGCAAGAAGACUUACAUGUAUAUAUCUGGCUGCCCGAAGGAAUUGGGAUGCACAAUUGUCCUACGUGGUGCUGAAAAUGACCUCCUCAUGAAGAUUAAACGGAUUACGGAAUUCAUGGUCUAUGUUGUAUACAAUUUGAAGUUGGAGACCUGUCUUAUGAGGGACGAGUUUGCGAAAAUACCUUCCUCGCCUCCGGAUACAACAUCAACGGCCAAAACAAGUGCCGCCUCUAGCAUGACAGAUGGGACCGGACAACGCAGCGAUUCGAGAACUACAACACACAAUUACAACACUCCAACCAGCUCCCAGUCAGCCAUCACUGACGGAGCAAAACCGGCGGAAGAACCUGUAGCAUCCCAAGGCUCGAUUUCUGUCAGUGACACCACUACGGACGCUUCUAGUGGAAAGAAUAACUCCAAUUCUACUACUGAGCCUGCCUUCUAUGAAGAUAUGGUCGAGAAGCAUCAAACAAAAAUCCUCUCCGCAUCCCCAUUCGUAAAAUUCAUGCCUCCAUACCUUCUCAUGCGGGCGAGAGAACUUGAGAGACAGCUUGCAUAUCUCAAACGGCUCCGUGAUCAGGACUUCUCAACCGAGCAGUUAAAUGACGACAAAGCAAAAUCUCAAAAAUUUGUUCUCAUCACUCCCGAGAUGAUCCAUGAAUCCCUCUCUGGUGCUCCAGCCAAAGUAAAGGAAGUGCUCCAUGCCGUUCACGAUGCAGAAUAUGACAGAGCGCUCCAUAACUACCAAACACAAAAGAGGCAGUGGGAAACCUAUAUCUCCGGAAACGACAACUUGUUUGAUCCCUACGCCCAUCAAAAUAUUGUCGUGCUUCACAGCCUUGUUUGUACCACAACUUCUGUUCCGUGUGCCGGUCCGGACAUAUUUGCGCUUGGAUUCUACAAUGAGCACGAAUCAGACAGGAUAUUCGAAGCGGAUUUCACACUAGGUCAGUACGUCGAGGAACUUUGCCUGAGCGCCAACGAUGUCUGUGACGUAAAUGGCUGUGACGAACGGAUGUUUAGCCAUCACCGACAGUAUGUACAUGGUGAAGCCCAGGUUACUGUCAUUGUACAGCCACAUCCAUCCAAACUCCGCGGAUUGCAGGACGUGAUUUUAAUGUGGAGUUGUUGCAAGAUCUGUGGCAACGAAACACCAGCUAUUCCUAUGUCGGAAAGCACUUGGAGAUAUUCUUUUGGAAAAUAUCUUGAAUUAUCAUUUUGGUGUGGUAAUUUACAUGCACGCGCCGGUGUCUGUCCGCAUGACUUGCAUCGCGAUCACCUUCGAUAUUUUGGUUUCAAAGAUGUGGCUAUUCGUAUUCAUUAUGACCCUAUCAACCUGCUUGAAAUAAUUGUCCCGCGACCCCGCGUUACGUGGAAGGUUGAUAAAGAUCUCAGACUCCGAAACGAGAUUUACAUGCAAGCUGAAAAGCGCUUGAAUCGAUUCAUGUUAUCCGUCAAGGCCAGGUUGAAAAGUAUUAACGUUAACAGUGUCAUACCAGAAAUGGCUGAGAAUUGCAGGCAAGAAAUUGAAGCCCUCACAAAACGGGCGAAUGACGAGCAUCUAGCCCUCAUUAAACAGCAUCAAGAACUAUACAUGAAUUCACGAUACUGGGAAAUUGUCCCACUGAAUAGGGUGAUUCAUGGAACGCAAGAGAAGGCGGUGGAGUGGGAUGCGACGUUCGCAGAAUUUGAGCGGAACUUCUUCCCCUCCGAAAAAGAUAUUCGGCGAUUGGCAACAUUACAACUCAAAAGGAUAUUCCUCGAUAAAGACGUUUCUGUCACUUCCUUCGCUUCUACUGACGAAACGGCAGCAACGACCCCUAUUGAGGCAGAGGAGGCAGAUGGCACAACUACUUCACCAUUGGCGGAAAGCCCAAAAUUAGCGAGAAGGAUGACACUAUCUCCUCAAGAGGCUAAGAGUGUUCUCGCUUCGGUAGUGGAAGAGCAUUCAAGUAAGCGAAAUAGAGAUGUUGAAAGUCCGGAGCGGCUUCAUUCUCCCACUCUUGCAAACAUCGAGAAACAGGGACCUAUGAAGCUCCCAGAGACAGCGAUUCCCACAGAGGAAGAUGUUCGACUGUUACACCUGCCUACCUCUCCCCAUGGCGAGGAGGAAAAUUCUAGUUGUCAGAUUGAGCCCAUCUCCCCACCUUUAGCUGAAAAUAAUACUGGAGGUCAACCUGCGGUUGAUGAAAAUGUCCGUUCGGCUUCGGAGCUGCUACCAAUUGAUUCAAAUGAAACCCAGACCGAAACCCAGGCCAAAGCCCAAGGGGAGAGGUGCAGCGAAGAUAGCGCUGAACAUCCUGCCAUACGCGCACCUCAAACACCUAGACCCUCUGGUAUACCAAGGCCAGCGGAUAGAUCGACUCGAAAAGGCCCAAGCGGAAAAUCUCCGCCCUUACUUAGAGCACAGUCGCAAUCAGGUUAUAUUCAUAAUGAGAAUAGCAAUGCGUCUGGAGUGCAACUCCUGCAAAGGUCAUCAACCGGCGGUUCAAGUCCUAAAAAGACCGAGAAGCAGGUAGAACAAAACAAUGGCUCAAAAACGAAAGGGACUGAAAAGAGGCUUUCGGAGCGCUUAGGCUUGCCCUCUUUAAAAUCUAAUAAGCUCACUUCUAGUCAUCACUCCCUGAUACCGCGCUCAGUACAAACCAGGAGCUCGCGCGUUUCUAAUCUCGCAAAACAUUUUGAACAACUCAGCCGGGAAUUUGAAAAAGAACGUCUGAGGGAACGGCAACAGCGAGCAUUGCAAAGAAAGCAUUCUCGCGCGUAUCCCAUGGCAUCCUCAAAUCCGAUCGUAGAAGUUUACAAGAACGUGAGAGAUGCAGUUGAGGAACGGGAUCCAUCAGACGAGGACUUCUUGUCAAGCCAGCCAUCUGCUGCUACUUCAAAGGAAUCAACCACGUUGAUCAGCGACAUGGCGAAACCUGCUCAGCCUGCAGAAAGUUUAGAAGAGGCCAAGGACCAACCAGAGGAGGUAUCCAGAAAAUCAGAAGAAAGUGUGCAAGAAGCUGGGCAAGCUCUAUCAGAGGCAGAGGGCGAAGGGGCAGGAGAAGAGGAGCACAGUGAUGGCGAACAAAGCCUGCUGGACGAACUACAGAUUGUUGACUCCGCUGAAGAAGCAAAUAAGCUGUCACCUGAUGAACUUGAUUUAAAGGAGUUGCCGAAAUAUGAACGAACCUCGCUGCUUAAAGUGUUAACGAACUUCUGGGCCGAACGCUCCGCCAGCGGUUGGGCCCCGCUCGAAUACCCUCUCAGCGAUUCCGACCACGUUUUCGCAGAUUGUGACAUCAUUGUUCGAGAAGAUGAACCAAGCUCCCUGAUAGCCUUUGCUCUGGACUCUGAGGACUACAAGAAUAAGCUUUGGAGCAUCCAAGAGCAUGACGAAAUAAUUGAAGUCAAGGCCACCGAUGGACGUCGUGAGCCAGAAGUCGAGCAGUCACUGUUGCGCGAGACGGGAACACAUCUCAAAUACCAGUUCCAAGAAAGCCAGACAAAGAUGCUUUGCAAAGUUUUCUAUGCCGAGCAAUUCGAUGCACUUCGAAGAAAAUGCGGUGUCUCAGACCGGAUUGUGGGGUCACUCUCCCGUUGCAUGAAAUGGGAUUCCAGAGGCGGAAAAACCAAGUCACUCUUCCUCAAAACCCUAGACGAUCGGUUCAUCCUCAAAUCGCUCUCAACUAUCGAGACCCAGGCCUUCCUAAAAUUCGCACCGGCAUACUUCCAAAUCAUGUCUGAGGCUCUAUUUCACGAACUGCCCUCGGCCAUCGCGAAGAUGUUCGGCUUCUACCAAGUAAUCAUCAAAAACCCUGCGACUGGUGUCGAAUUUAACUGGUUCCUUCUUCUCAUGGAGAACCUGUUCUACGACCGGAGCCCAACAAGGAUCUUCGACCUAAAGGGUUCAAUGCGAAAUCGCAAAGUGCAAAGCACAGGAGAGCGCAACGAAGUCCUCCUUGACGAAAACAUGGUGGAGUUCAUCUACGAGAGCCCCUUGUUCACUCGAGAACACUCCAAGAAACUACUAAGUCAGAGCGAACUCGUCGUCGGAAUCAUCGAUUGCAUCCGUACAUAUACUUGGGAUAAGAAAUUAGAGUCGUGGAUUAAGGAUCGCGGAUUUGCUGGCGGGGGGAAGAAUCGGCCAACCGUCACUAGUCCGAAAGAAUACAAGAGUCGCUUCCGGGAAGCGAUGGCUAGAUAUGUACUGCAUGCCCCGAAUUCUUGGCACCAAUUCCACACGUACAUUGAUAGACGCAACCUAAGACUCAAGGAUCGUGGACGGGAACGCGAUCGGGAGCGAGAGACUUUCGAAGUCAGCAGGGAUGAGAAUGUCGAGUUAGGAGACGAUUACUAG